CUAUUGUCGGGUUGGCGUAGUCCAAAUGGGCACUAAUGAGGCCAGAGUUGGAGGGAUCAACCAGUGACCGUGGAAUGAUGUUCAAGCUUCUUUGCCAACGACUUUACCAAGGAUGGAAAGAUCAAGACCUAGCUGACAUAGGGAGCAAGAUAAUUGCUGGCCAUACAGGGACAAAUGCCAAAACCAAAGCCCGCAAGACAGGAGCCCGACCCACAAGGCAAGAGUCGGCCCAAUAAUUAGAAGGGCCCAUUAACAGAUAUCGACCGGAGGUAGAUACACCUCGGAGAUCGCAGGCAAGAAAGUUGUACGGUGGAUGGGACGGUUGUCAGCACUAACCCUGCUAGUCUGACAACUACAUUAAAUGUCAUCGAAGGCGUAGUCAUGGGAGCUGACGUUUAUUACACACCAAAUAGAGCAUUAAAUGCUCACACAAGUCAUGACUCUGUUACCCCCAUGAAGGAGGUCGUAGAACCGAUGGCGUUGCACGGGUUAUCCUCGAAGGUGGAAGAAAAGGUGGAGCUAGAAGACAGGGUGAAAGAUCACGGGAAUCAUAUCUCACAAAUGCAGAGCAACAUCAACCAGAUACUCUCGCUGAUAAAGGAGGGAAUGAAGGAUCACGACGCUCUAGACACGUCCCGGGCGCAGCGGGACAAAGGAAAGAUAAAGGUGGUGGAGGUCGAUGACCCCGAAGAUGAGGAAACGGAGGAAGAAAGACCGGAGGCUGAUCUAAGCUUCUUGGAGGAGCACUUGCAGCCAAGUUUUAGGAAGGAAAGCGGAAAGGGGAAAGGGCCCAUCAUUCUACAUAACCCGCUUGCGAAAAAGUUGUUUCGAAGCCCAGUACCCCCCAACUUCUCCUCGUUAGGCCUUCGCGCUUACAACAGAAGCAUCGACCCAAACAACCAUUUGAGCGCCUUCACGCUUAAGAUGCAGCUCAUGGAUGAUGACCUAUGCAAAGCCUUUCCCAUCACAUUUGGAGGAAGGUGUCGCACGUGGUACACAUCUCUCCCAGAAGGAAUCAUUGAUAACUUUGAGCAGUUCGCAACAUUGUUCACAUCCAAAUUUGCCACUCAAAUUUGCUGGAGGCUGAUGGUUACGGCGCUCAUAAACUGCACGCAUGGGGAAGGGGAAGCCAUGGUGGACUUUUACGACAGGUGGAAUACCAUCGCGGGAAGUCUGAGGAUGGCAACAAGGAACUAGGAGCUUCAAAGAGCAUUGAUUACGAACGAGCAAGGGAUCAAAACAUGGCCGAACCUGGAUAACCUGGUGCACCGAGCUAUAACCCUGGAGGAGGCACUAGUACCAGCAGAGCGCAGGGGGAAAGCGAUGGAUACGAAGAGGGGCAACAAAUCACCGCCAAGAAGAGGAAGAACCCCGGAGCGAUCCAGCUACAAAGAGAAGGCUCUCGGAGCGGAAGGCAGGAGAGAGAUUUAUACCACUGAGAUAGAUAAGGAGGACGCAUCUUCCGUGAGGGUACGCCGCGACAGACCUCGCAUUAAGAGUCAAAGACGGCCGGAGCCCCCAGUUUUCAGAAGAUGGUGCGAUUGGCACUAGAAGACGACCCACAACACAGCGGAUUGUCGAGAUUUCCAAAUGAGCCUAGCAAAUCUCGCCCCGGGAGAUUUGCACAACAGACUCGAAGAUAAAAAAAAUAGGGGCGAACAAGGCCGAAGUCUUGGCAGAUUUCAUCGUCGAGGGUUUUGCAUUGGAUAGGGGGCCGUCUGAUAAAGAGGAGGCGUGGAAGGUAAAAAUCUACUUGGAUUCGUCGCAAACAUGGGCGCGAGGAAGGUAAAAAUCUACUUGGAUUCGUCAUUGGUACUAGGGCAAAUCAAUGGGAAUUUUGAAA